UUCGAAGUCCAAUUAUUACCGAAAUUCAAUUAGAAUGUUUAUUAUUGUUGAAAUGAACAAUUAUGGUGUGACAAUCUAAAAGUAAAAACUCACAGCUUGCAUUUUAAUUUUUUGAUGUGUUAUUCGUGAUGAGUGAAUACAAGAAUCAUGAGUGAGAAUAUCAAACUUGCCAUUGUUGGUCAUGUGACAUCCACAAGUGAUGUGGUUGACAACAAAGGCAAUAAUACUCCAGUGUUAUCUCCAAUUACUCCCGUUGAAGUACUCUAUGAAUCAGUUCAAUUGAGGACCGAAUCAUCUGAAAAACUUGUGGAUGGACAAAUUGUGACAUCUAAUGAUGAUUCCAACAAUGGCGUCCAAUCCAUUUAUGAAGAUCUAUGGUCAUUUUCUAAUGCUGAGAAUGGCAUACAGAAUCCUCCAAACACAGGAAGUGAAACAACAAAUAAUAAUGACGAUUCAAUUUAUGACACCGUUGAAUCAGUUAUAUUGCGCUCAGAAACCCAUUCUGCGAAAAUCAUUACUGUUGAAGAGCCAGCAUCAGCUUAUGAUGAAGUCAUAAUUAAUGAUGGUCGCUUUAUCAUACCGUCAAGUCAUUGGGAGAGUGACUCCGAUGCAUUAGAGUCUGAUUUUGACGAUGAUUUAGAGGCUCCGAAGUAUUUUGGUGAAAAUUUAGAGGAGCUGUACGAGAAUUUGGAGAGCAGGAAGCUUUCUUCACUUGGACCACGUACGUUGUCCUUUGAUACGGUAUACGACGAAAAACACUCAAAUCAUCUAAAGGAAUCCUAAAAUCCUGCAUUCCAUUUUCAAGAAAUUCCAAGUCAGCAGACAAGUACCUUGAUGAAGAAGACACCCCACUUUACGUUGAUCCAAAUAUUUUGGGCGAAAAAAUGCCAGUUAUGCCACCAUUGUCCUUGGACUUUUCUGUUGAAGAGGCUGAACGCUAUAAAAUAGUAGAGAUAAUCGUGAAAACUGAAGCAACAUAUAAAGAAUGCUUAGACAAUCUUGUUCAGAUCGAAGAAGAAGCAAGAAAUAGAAAACUCUUGGAUGAGAGUUCGCUUGAUAAAAUAUUUUGCUCUAUUCAAAGCAUCUACCAAAGUCACGAAAUGUUUAAUUUCGUAUUGGCGUCACGUCUCAACGAAUGGACAGUUCAUGGAAAGUUGGGUGAUAUUAUCUGUGCCUCGUUUUCAAAAUCAACGACGACAAUGGCGUACACAGACUUUGUGAAUAAUUUUCUCGACGCCAUAGAAACUUUUAAAAGUGCUUGCAAGAACUGCCAUAUUUUUCAUCAAUAUAUUCAGGUUCGAAUAAGCACUAUAAAACCAGAAACAACUUUCCAUGAACUUAUGAUCAAACCGUUCGAAAGGUUUCUAGAAUUUAUUCACUUAAUCCAGGAUCUUCUAGAAGUAACGCCUGUUGGUCACGUGGAUCGAGUACCACUACAGCUUGCUUUGACACAAGUUGAAGUGUUAGCUGAGUUGAUAAACGCCCGUCGCAAAGAGAGUGAAAUGAAAUGUCAACUUAAGUAUAUUGACACCCAGAUCAGCCAGUAUAGCCAGCCAUUGUGCUCAUCUGGAAGAGCUUUCAUUCGUCAAGACGACAUGGUUCAUUGUUUAGUCGAUGGCGUUUCUGUCGUUGGAACCAAAAAACUUCGAUUAAUAUUGCUAUCUGACAUGUUGCUGUGUUUGACUCCCAUUGGAAAGAAGAAGCGCAUCAUGUCAGGACUGAUUAACUCGUCGAAGAAUGCGUACAAGUUAAAAUGGAAUGUACCGUUGUCUGACAUCCAAUUUGUUGAAUAUGGUACAGGUGUAGAUGUUGCUGCGGGUAAAUAUGGUACAACAACAACUUAUUCUGACCAAGGUAAAUACCGUCAGGCUUCGGCUAAAAUACAAAAUCAAAUCGAGAAUCUUCAACAUGACCUUGCUAUUAUCGGUCAGAUUUCUGGCCUUGCAUCUUCGCUUAAAGGAAAACACCAGCUUUUAGAUCAAGAAAAAGUGGAGCGAUGGUACAAAUCCGUUCAAAAUAGCAUCGCUGAAGAGUUGAAAACCAUCAAUAUGUUUUGGUUGGAGUUGUCAUUGCCAACGAAAUCUGGUCAGCAAAAUUAUGUUUUUAAUCUUCCUUCACCAUCCUUAAAAGAAGAAUGGGAAGAUGAUGCAAUGAAUGCCAAACUUGCUUUAGAGUCGCGAAAUAACCCUGGAUGGUAUUUACCUGAAAAUGACAUUACGUGUGGUCUUUCCAUCCUCAGACGUAACAUGCCACUUUUGGCCGAAUUUUAUGAUUUGUUCAACCUCAAUAGCAAGUCUCGGGUUGAGCACAUGAUCACUUUUCCUGUGGAUACCUCUCCAUUGAUCACAGGGAUCCCGCGUGUAUUUGAUCAUUUCGUGUGGAUCAGCGCUCGUGGAGAGUUGCAGGGUCACGUGUCCGUUGUCCGUUUUGAGAGAAAAAAUUACACGCCCUCUUACGUGGAAUCGUUCAAUGCAUGUUCGGGAAUAGUGUACUCUAUUGCUUACAUACCUGCCAUGAACUCGAGGUCUGAUCAAACCAUCGAUAAAUACAAUACAAAAUAUGGCUUUCCUUUUCCGACUCUUUGGCUUGGCAGUCAGUCUAGCAAGAUUUAUAUUUACAACGCUGAUUGUGACGACCGAAGUAAGCCGUUGAUGGAACUUAAGAUGAGAGAUGCACCUCUUAUAAUGAAGUAUGCGAUGAAGAAAAUCUAUGUGGGUUUGGCAAAUGGAACUCUGGCAAUAUUUCGAUCGAAUACAAGUGAUCAUUGGAAUCUUGUUCAACCCUCCAUACUUCCUCUUGGUCGUUACCCAGUUGCCAUCAUAGCUGACGUCAAAGACAAGUUGUGGUGUGGUAGUGGCAGUCAGAUUUAUGUCGUCAGCAAAAGAGGCGAUCGAAUUCAGCGCAUCAUAGCCGUGGAUGCGAACAUGAAGAAUCUAGUGAAACAUAUUGUGACGUAUGGAGUAGGGGUUUGGGUUAGUGUAUGGAAAAAACCCACGAUUAGGCUGUAUCAUGCUGAAACCUGCGAUAUGUUGCAAGAGGUGAAUGUCAUAUCGCCCAUAACAAAGAUGCGAAAUGAUGUGGACAGUCAAGUACAAUAUAUUUCAAUGGAAAAGAUCAGUGUGACGGCUUUACUCUGUAUUCCCGGCUUCCUGUGGGUAGGUACAAGUGUUGGUCUUAUCCUUCUAUUUCCGCUGCCAAAAAUGCAGGGUGUUCCCCGUGUCAUUGGUCGUGCCUGCGUAUCUUUCCAUGCACACUGUGGUCCAGUCCGUAGUCUGCUUGCCAUGCCUCAGGGAAUGGUUGAAAAUGAGACCAAAAUUAAAGACGUGAUUUCCGAAGAAGAAGACCCGAAGGAAGUUGACAGAAAAUUUUCGAUGCUCGCUGACAGUGAAGAGUCUGUGGAAAGUGAUGAAGAAUUUUAUUUUGUCGACGAUAAAAAUAUACAAUCAACUAAGGAAGUGAAAAAACCUGAUACUAACCGGAAGCGUGGGUCACCAAAAUUGACGUUGCCUGAUAAAAACACCACCGAAGGUAUUUCUGGAACAGAUGGCAAGGAUUCAGAGAACUUUACUAUCACUAAACCAAAUGAUUUUGCUAAAAUAAUGUCUUCCUUUGAUGGAUUCAAUAACAACUUGCAGACAAAGGACAAAUCCAACACUGUUCGUUCUUAUACGAACAGACUUUUCUCUGUAAGUAGUGGCAAUCAAGUGGAAAAUGUAAAACACCACAAAGAGUCUCGUGAGGAUAAAAAUUCUCUCAUUCCCAAGAAACCUAGCAAUAAAAAUCAGAAUAAUGAUUGUGAAGAAUUAAAUGUCAUCGUUGGUACUGAUUUAGCUUCAGUUCCAGAGCCUGAUGUAAUUUAUGAAAAUUUGAAGAGAGACAACCUUGUCCUCGAUUACCAAAAUGAAAGACAUGCAAGCAAGAAUGAAAUUUCUGUUGAUAAUUUCGACAAUUUAGUAAUAAAUGAUGAAGUAGCAAGCAAUUCAUUCGAGGACCACAUCUAUGUAAAUUAUCCAGUUGGAAAAGACAAUCCCGAUUGCAAUAAGUUUUUAGAAAAACGAGAAAUUGCUCAGGAAGAUAAUGGAACAAGCAAACUAGACAAACUGGAAAAGGAUUCACAAAAUUCGUCCUCUGAAAACGCUUAUGAUGAACAAAGACGCCAACACAUUCAAAGUGGCGGACUUAAUACUGAAGAGGUUUCAUACGUAACUGUGCUUUCACAAUCGGAAAAGCAAAGCGAGGGUGCCUCUUCAAAAAAUGCAAAUGACAUCUCUAUGGAAAGCGAAGUCCGUAAGGAGAUGGAAAAUCAGCUUCCAAACCCCAGAAAUUCCCGUAGUAGGUGCCUGUCACAUCUUGUCGUCAGCGUUGGGGAAGGUCACGUGGACUUAAGACUGAAAGUAAAAUCGAAACAGGAAGUGAAGAAAGUUGGGCCAAGCAUAUUUCUUAUAUGGAGGGUCAACGGUAAAGUAUGAUUCAAAGGAGAAAAAUCUUUCAUAGAAUUCAUGUAGCGUAAAUACACAAAUAUUAGCUAUUUAAUGGUACAAAGUAGUGAUUCAAAUAAUUGAUAGUACAAAGCAUUCACCUAAGCCUUGAAUUGCUACAAAAUGAACGUCGAUGAGACACUCACCUGAACUCUGAAAAAUUUUUGCUGAUAUAUAUUUUUUGUACGUUUCUUAAUUCUUUUUAGGCAUUUUUUUUAUUUCAAUUUUAAUACACAAAAUAAAAUUGAAGAGCUAUGACUUAUUCUUAUUUAAUAGCUUUUCAUAUAACAUCUUAAUAAAAAUCAACAUGUUGCAAUUUAUAAA